UACGAAAUUAUUAAUUUUUUGUCUGAAAAUAUAUAUAAUAUAUUUUCCGCAGGAUCACUUGCUACUCUGUUAUGAUUAUUCUAAUAAUUAUAAUAAAUGAAAUUAAUAUAUUAAAUAAAAAAGAAUGUAAUUUGUCAAGAUUCUUGAAUUAUCCGCGAAUCGGCUCUGCUUGUCAAUCGCAAAACUUUAUUCAGAAUGACGAGUCGAAUAGAUAAUAUUACUUUAUCGAUGUCACCACAUCAGAAAAAAACCUGAGAGACGUCACGGUCCUGACGGCAAAUGUAAAAUAGCAGAACUCUGUCGAUGAAACGGAAUUUUUAAAUGCCAAUAUAGUGUGUACAAUCUUCUUUAAAGUCACACUGUUUGACUCUUAGGUUAUGAUUAUCAUCGAUGUAAAGUUCAUCUUUACAUUUCUGUCUUAGUUUGCAUCUAUUUAGACACAAGAAAACUUUAAAAUGAAGAGAAGCUUACGAAGCAAGCGUAAUCAGCCAAUAAUUGAAUUAUCAGAUUCAGAUGAUGAGGAACAUAAGACUAACUACCAACUACUAACAAUAUCUGAAGAUGAAGACUAUACAAUGGAAGAUAGUAAAACAAAAAAGAAAAUUAUAGAGAAUAAUAAGGAGUCAACGAAGAAGAAGAUAAAGAAAAGUAUGCAGAAUGUUGUUAAAUCUAGAAAAAAAAGAAAUCAAGAAGAAAAUUUAGAAACAUUUAGUAAUAAGAAGCCAAAACUAGAAGAAUCAUCAUUUGAUGAUUAUUCAGAUGCAGUAGUAUUGCAACAAAAUCAGAAAGAUUUUAUCAAAACUGAUAUGAAGCAAGAUACCAAAAUUAAAGAAAAAUUAAAUUCCAGUUUUUUACAAUGCAUGGAAUGGACAAUUGUUGAUUACAUAAGUGAAAUCAAUAAAGUAGAUGAAUAUAUUGUGAACAAUGUAGUAAAGCUUUUUGAACAGGACAACACUAUACCUUUUAUCGCAAGAUACAGAAAAAAUAAGACUAGAUGUAUGGAAGCCGAUCAGUUGAGAGCACUUAAAGAGAGUUUUGAGGAAGCCAGAAUUAUUAAACAACGUGCUGCAACAAUCUUAAAAACCAUUGAUAAAUCAGGGAAAUGGUCACCAGAAAUUCACUCUAUUAUCACAUCUGCAAAAUCUCUCGCCGAUCUGGAAGAUAUUUAUGCCUUAUAUAAGCCAACAUCAAAACGACUUCUGGCAGAGAGAGCGAGAGAGUUGGGCUUGGAAAGUAUUAGCAAUGCUGUUUUACACGGACAGGAAAUAACUCUAUUAGCAUCUCUGAUAAAUGAAGAAAAAGAAGGCUUGCGAAAUGAGCAACAAGUGAGAAAUGGUAUUAUACACAUAAUAGUGGAUGUUAUUACCAAGGAUAAAAAGGUUUUUGAUGCAGUGACAUUUUUUCGGAGAACAUCUAUCAUUUACAUACAAACAUCGCAGUGUAAAGCAGCAGAAGAUUUGAACAAUGCAAAUGAGCAGAAGUAUAAACUAUAUUUUAAUUUUAAAUCAAGUCAGAAUACUAUUAAGCCAUAUCACAUAUUGGCCAUUAAUCGAGCUGAAUCGCAAAAGAUUAUCAGUGUGAAAAUUAUAGUUCCGGAUACUUUUGAACAUUCAUUCAAGGACUUUUGUCUAUCACAAUACACAUCUCAGCAACAGCUUACAGGAAAUAUAACAAAGUUGCAUCGGGAUUUACUCAGCGAUAGUAUUGAUUACGCUUAUAAGAAAGUGAUUAAACCUCAGGUGAUACGUCGAGUACGGAGUGAGAUGAAGGAAACAGCGGAAAAGGCAUCUAUACAGGUAUUCGCGACUAAUGUUAAGCAAUUGUUACUCGUUCCUCCUGUACGAGGUAAGAUUAUUCUCGGUAUAGACCCGGGUUAUUAUCACGGGUGUAAACUCGCUGUUAUAUCGGAACACGGUAACGUUCUCGAGACAACUGUGAUAUAUCCUCACAAGAAUGAUUCUUCAUUUCCCAUUGCGUCUAAUAGUUUGGCGAAGUUAGUGAACAAGUAUAAAUGCACCGUAUUAGCUCUGGGAAACGCUACAGCAUGCAGAAAAACUGAAUUUUUUUUAACAAGGAUGAUUCAAUCGAAGAUGUUUGGUUCAUUAGACGUGACAUAUACCAUUGUUGACGAAUCUGGAGCAUCAAUUUACAGUUGUAAUUCUGAAGCAAAAUCAGAAUUCCCGGAUCUCGAUCCAAAUCUGGUGUCGGCUAUCUCAAUAGCCAGACGCUUGCAGGAUCCACUUGCGGAAUUAGUUAAAAUAGAACCGAAGCAUUUAGGAGUCGGGAUGUAUCAGCAUGAUCUUCCUGAAAAACAAUUGAUGAAUGCGUUGGAUGAAGUUAUCACAGAAGUUGUGAGUUUUGUAGGAGUCGAUGUCAAUACAGCAUCCCAAUGCCUUCUGCGAAGAGUAGCCGGUCUCACAAAUUCUAGAGCUGCAAACAUCAUAGAAUGGCGAAUUAAACACGGAUCAUUCAGGAAUAGAGAACAAUUGUUAAACGUGAAGGGUAUCGGCAAGAAAACGUUUGAACAGUGCGCUGGAUUCAUAAGAAUUCGACCGGAAACAGCAAUGAUUAAUGAAACCACGACAAACGAGAAUAAAAAAUCUAAGAGUGAUCUUAAUCUCUUGGAUCAAACGUGGAUCCAUCCGGAAUCGUAUGCGAUAGCGAAUAAAUUCCUAAAACACUGUCAAUGCAAGUUAGACAAUCUUGGUUCUCCGGCAUUUAUCGAACAAAUAAAUUCACACGCGAAAACAGGAUGUGCCAAAUUAGCUGCGCAAUUCGGUACCGACGAGACUACUAUGGAGAUUAUAAUUAAAGCUCUGACCAUGAAAAAAGACGAGGAUAUACGAUUAAAGUCGAAUUAUCCGCUGUUUCGCAUCGGCGUGCGAAGUAUCAAUGAUUUGAGCGUCGGUACCAUAUUAACCGGUAUCGUGCGAAAUGUCACGCAUUUUGGAACUUUUGUAGACGUGGGCGUCGAAAAGGAAGGAUUGAUACAUAUUACACGUAUGAAACAUGAGACUCUGCAUGUAGGCCAACAUGUAGAAGUAAAGGUAAUCAAUGUCGAAGUGGCAUCCAGCAGAAUCGGUCUUGAAUUAAUGAGGACAUUAUAAGUAAUCGAAUUAUUCUUUCCGGAAUUACGAUAAAGACCUUUCGUUACAUUGAUGUAAGAAUGUUUAUAUCAGGAAUACAAUGUGUUUUAUUUUGCUUAUAUAUAUAUAGGUUGCUUUAUGUGUGUUUGUAUUAAAAUUAUAAAAAAGAAAUGAUAAAAACUGCCAUACUUUUGCACCGAUCUAAUGUCCGAGUUAAUAACAUCGCGUAACAAUAUGUUUAUGAUAUAACGUGUUAUGAUAUGUUUAUGAUGUAACAUGAUAAAACAUUUGUAACAACAUUAAACUAUUAUAUUAGCCAUGUGAUAUUUAUAUUAAGUGAAAAAAAGUAUGCGUUCAUUGCAUUGGUGAUAAAUAUAUAUUUCUAUAAAUAA